UUGUAAACGUUCCUAAAUGUUCGUAGCUAAUCAAGGCAUUUAACCAAGUAAGUACGUCAUGAAAUUAAAAAAUGGGGGAAUAGAGACGGUGAUAGUUGAGAGGAUUUUAGACAAAUUGAUUUGGCGAGCAAUAAAUAAACAACUCUGAAGUGUUGACGAUCGAUUUUCUCCAUGGAUAAAUUGCCUUUAAUCAAUGAAGUUUUUCUGUACCGAGAUUUUGGUUGCAAGUUGUUAGCGCGCUGUUUAGAACACCGUCUAUUGGGAUUCUUCGUUCUUUGUGUGCAAUGUUUCACAAAUGUCGCGGAAAACGCAACUUCCCAAUAUUACAGAAUACUUCCACGCCAUGUCGCAUUAAAUCUGAAUCAAUAUCGUUCUCAGAUUUUAUGCAGGACACUGGUUAUGGUACUAGCUCUUCUACUUUCCUUAGCCCUGGCAUCACCUUGGAGAAAGAUAUUUUCCCAGAAAGUAUAGAAGUUCAUGGCUGUAGCAGUCGUAGAAACUCGUGAGUUGCUUGAUUUACUUGUUCAUCACUCAGUUUGCGCGGUAAGCGGCGUGUUGAUAUAUUAUCUGCCCUGAUGUCGUAUGAAAAAUCGGAAUUUAUACUUCUGAAAAUUCUCCGUUAUCUGACAAUUUAUGACCGUAUCACAAUACUCAGUGUUUGUAAGUCGUGGUAUUCAUUGAAGCUGCGCUUUCCACGGCUGUUCAAAGCUGAUAGGUAUCAUGAAAAGGUAGUAAUGGAUUUAGCAAAGGGUUUACACAGUCCGACAACUAGUCGUAAACCGUUGGGUUUAAUCAACACUUUUAACCCCUGUACAAUUGAUAAUGCAGCUGACAAGCUUGUUAUGAAGGAGUUCUUGCAUGCAUGCCCCGUAUGCUCUGGAGUGGCGUUUUAUAGACCAAAUGAAUGGCCGAAUCGUUUGCAUUGUCAAGCUCCUAAUUGUGGUAUCUCAGUUUGCUAUAAUUGUCAACGCGAGCACUCGCCCAGUGAGAAAUGUCAGAUAACUAUAGGUUCACCAGUAAACAGGUAUGAUUCUUCGUAUUUUUUUCCUAUGAAUCAUUUGGAAAGUCGCAUGUAUUUAGAGGCCUCAACAUUUACAACUGCUUUGGUGUAGUACCUAGGUAAACUAUUUUCAAGUAAUUAUCUAACCGAACGGGUGUUUAUUAUUCAAGUUAAAGUGGUAUUAUGACAACACGUUUCCCUAAAUGUUCUUUAAUGAGGAUACCGA